GUGAUGCAUAUGUCCCUUGUAGUCUUGUCACAAAGAUUAAACGAAAAUCUUACUAAAUAAUAAUCAUCUGCAUGUUACUAAUUAAAUUAUAUUUUAUUAUUUAUUGCAACAUUCAACAAUUUUUUUAAUUAUAUAAAAACUAUUUUAACAUCAUGCAAUGAAUGAGGCUAAUAAGGUAAAUUUAGAAAUUAGAUGAAUUAUAAUUUGGGGUGUGUGGGGAAACGAGGGCACUCAUGCACAAGCAAUCAAAUAGGUGGAGAGGCCAUCCUCUGGCUUUAUAAAAACCCUCUUACGCUUGCGGUGAAAAAUCAAGGGCAAAGAAACGCAGGCAGCUAAAGAUAAGAGUCACCAACAUGGCUCCUCGGAAACAAAAGAAGGCUGCUCUAUAUCACAAGCUGCAAUUGCUCCGUGAUGUUACCAACUCUACUUCUAUGAAUAAAACCUCAAUCAUUGUAGAUGCAUCAAAAUAUAUAGGAGAGUUGAAAGAAAAAGUGGAAAGGCUGAAUCAAGAGAUAGGAACUUCCCAAAAUCAAUUCCCUAUGGUUACAGUGGAAACCCUAAAAAAGGGAUUCCUUAUUAAUGUGUUGUCAGAGAAGAAUUGCCCUGGUUUGCUUGUUUCCAUACUGGAAGCCUUCGAAGGGCUGAGCCUUGAUGUGAUUGAUGCUAGGGUUUCCUGUGAAGACAAUUUUCAACUGGAAGCUGUUGGAGGAGACUACCAAGGGGAUGCUGAUAGCGUAGAUGCUCAAGUGGUGAAACAGGCAGUCGUACAGGCUAUCUGCAACUGGAAUGAAAGUAAUAACCAAGAUUGACCCAAAUUCUACAUUUUGAGCAAAUGAGAAAUGGAAUUUUAUCUCUCUUUAUGAUUCAUGCAAAUGUAUAUGGUGUCAAUUAUCAGUCCAUGUGCUAUUAUUUAUGAGCAUAAUUAAAGAAGUCAAUUUUUCACUUAUA